CCUGAGUUCUGCCCUCGGCUUCCUCAGCUGUAAAGUGAGGACGAUGCUGCCAAACCCUGCUUGAAAAGCGCUGUCAGAAGCAGCAAAUGUCACCGAAUAGCUCAGGUGGUGCUUGGUCAGCUGGCACAUCAAGGGCACAGGACACUCUGCAUCAGCUGCCCACGGCCCCUGAGGCCAGGGACCAGCACGGCUGAGGCCAGCCUGGACUGAGCAGUGACGCGUGGAGAGGAGCAACAAUUCCACCCGCGAGCAGAGCCAAGGAGGGCACUGGCCUCUGCCAUCCUCAAAGCCCAAUUAACCAAAUCACCGCAGCUCAGGAGGCUCCGGCAGGGGCGAAGAGGAGCGGGAGGAGAACUCCGAGGAGGAACGGGCAGUGAAAGAAGCUCUGUGGGAGCCUGUCACUGAGAGAGGAUUUCAAAUGAGCAGCCUGUGACACCUCCCCAUGAGGAGCCCAGGCUGGCCGCGCUGGACACUUCUCCCUUUGAACAUUCCCAGGCUCCAAUGCCUCGGCAGAUCCCGAUGUCAGAGCGGCCCUGGACCUGCAGAACGGCGCACGGCAGCACGGCGCUGAGCCCCUAGACCAUGCCCCACACAAUGCCACGGUGGCUCCCGGUGCUGGCCCUGCACGUGGUGCUGCUGUCCCCGCGGGCGGGCGCCUGCCCCGCGCGCUGCGAGUGCGCCCCGCAGCUGCGCUCGGUGCUGUGCCACCGCAAGCGCCUCACCGCCAUCCCCGAGGGCAUCCCCACCGAGACCAGGGUCCUGGAGCUCAACAAGAACCGCAUCCGCUGCCUGAACCCCGGGGACCUGGCCCCGUACCCGCUGCUGGAGGAGCUGGAUUUCAGCGAGAACAUCAUCUCCAAUGUGGAGCCCGGCGCCUUCAGCAACCUGUUCAACCUGCAGACCCUGCGGCUGCGGGGGAACCAGCUCAAGCUCAUCCCCCCGGGGGUCUUCACCAAGCUGACCAACCUGACCCUGCUGGACAUCAGCGAGAACAAGCUCGUCAUCCUGCUGGACUACAUGUUCCAGGACCUGCGCAACCUGAAGAGCCUGGAGGUGGGUGACAACGACCUGGUGUACAUCUCGCAGCGCGCCUUCUCGGGGCUGCUGGGCCUGGAGCAGCUGACCAUUGAGAAGUGCAACCUGACCUCCAUCUCGGCCGAGUCGCUGUCCUACCUCCAGAACCUGGAGGUGCUGCGGCUCCGGCACCUCAGCAUCUCUGCGCUGGAGGACCAGAACUUCAAGAAGCUCUACAAUCUCCUGCAGCUGGAGAUCGACAACUGGCCGCUGCUGGAGGAGGUGUCCCCCACCAGCUUCCAGGGCCUGAACCUCACCUCGCUCUCCAUCACCUACACCAACAUCACAGCCGUGCCCGCCGCUGCCUUGAGGAACUUGGUGUACCUGCGGUACCUCAACCUGUCCUACAACCCCAUUAGCACUGUGCUGAAGGGCUCCUUUAAAGACCUCAUCCGGCUCCAGGAGCUCCACAUCGUGGGCGCUCUCCUGGUGUCCGUGGAACCGCAGGCUUUCUCCGGCCUGAGACAGAUCCGGCUGCUCAACCUCUCCAGCAACUUCCUGUCCACGCUGGAGGAGAGCACCUUCCACUCGGUCAACACGCUGGAGACGCUGCGGGUGGACAGGAACCCCCUGGCCUGCGACUGCCGGCUCCUCUGGAUCCUGCAGCGGCGGAAGACGCUCAACUUCGACGGGCAGCAGCCCAUGUGCUCGUCGCCGCCCGAAAUCCAGGGCAACGCCCUGCGCGACUUCCCGGACUCGGUGCUCUUCGAGUACUUCACCUGCCAGAAGCCCAAGAUCCGGGAUCGGAAGCUGCAGCACGUGACGGCGCGGGAGGGGCAGUCCGUGUCCUUCCUGUGCCGGGCCGACGGGGAGCCCGACCCCUCCAUCGCCUGGGUGUCCCCCCAGCACCGCAUGAUCACCACCCGCAGCACGGGGCGGGCCACGGUGCUGCCCGGGGGCACCCUGGAGAUCCGCUUCGCCCAGGUGCAGGACAGCGGCACCUACAUCUGCAUCGCCAGCAACGCCGGCGGCAACGACACCUACUUCGCCACGCUGACGGUGAAGGGGCGCCCGGCCGACGGCGCCCACCACGCCAACCGGACUUUGUACCUCAGCGACUUCAACGACACCUCCCACAACGACACCCAGGUCUUCUUGAAGUUCACCUUGGACCUCAAGACCAUCCUGGUCUCCACGGCCAUGGGCUGCAUCACCUUCCUGGGCGUGGUGCUCUUCUGCUUCCUCCUGCUCUUCGUCUGGAGCCGCGGCCGGGGGCAGCACAAGAACAACUUCUCCGUGGAAUAUUCCUUCCGCAAGGUGGACGGUCCCACCACCACCACCGGCCAAGGAGGGGCCAGGAAGUUCAACAUGAAGAUGAUCUGAGCCUUUCCCAGAGGAGAACCGUUGUCUGCUGCCCGGCCCCGGGCACGGCUGCGUUGGGACGGGGCCGGGAGGGCUGAGGGAGCACCGGCCGUGUCCCGGAGCCGGCAGAGUGACCUUGCUGUGCUGGGACACGGCUGGAGACGGAGGUGCCACAGGCCAGCAGGGUCGGAACCAUGGGACCUCAGGGUCGGGCAGGGAUCACCCCGAUGUCCCGGCCCUGUGGAGAGCCCUCAGGGCUCAGGAGCCGUCCCAGGGGCUCCUGAUGUAGCGAGGUUUUUGCUACCAACUAUGCAUUUCUUGAGCCAAAAGAUCAGCAGUGUUUGGGCCUGGGAGAAAAAUGCUUCCUGUUUUCCCCCCUACACCUUUUCCCUUUUUUUGUAAGGGACUCUUCAGAAAACUUUCCUGGUA